GUUUGGAUGAACUAUUUUAAUGUUAAUUUGUUUUAUGGAAUGAGUGUUACCCUUGGCCCUAAAUCUCCAAGACGAUACAGAAAAAGUGUCAGUGGGAUGUCUUUGUGGCUUGACGGCUUUAAGAGAAGUAAUGUUGUUUCUGCAUCUGGUAUACUUGAGUUUGCUUACAGGGAUUUGCAGAAGGCGACUCAGAAUUUCACAACAUUGGUUGGCCAGGGUGCAUAUGGUCCUGUGUACAAAGCUCAGAUGUCAACUGGUGAAAUAGUUGCUGUGAAGGUGCUGGCAAUUGAUAUCAAAGCAAGGGGAGCGAGAAUUUGACACAGAGGUAAUGUCAUAUUUUAAUCAGUGCAGCUUCUUAGCGGCAAUAUAAUCUAUACCAAGGUUCAUCCUUAGAUGUCCUGUGUGGUAGACAAGUUGCUGUCUCUUUUUAUGCUGUAGUUAUUUUGCUGAUUGAUUCUUGAUCUCACCUUCUUUUAUUGCAUGCUCUUGUUUCUCAGGUUAAGCUGUUAGGAAGGUUGCAUCACAGGAACCUCUUGAAUUUGCUUGGAUAUUGUACAGAGAAGGG